GGGUGCAACCAUGACACGUAAACUAAAAACACAUUAAAAAGGGAUUCAGGCACAACAAAGCCUAGUUAGGGCGCUGGGGUCUGGCCCUUACCAACAAUGGCGACAGCCCAGUCACUUAUUAGCCCUUCUGCCCACGUAUACGAGCGGCUUUCUGAAGUAGGAAGUCCAGACGCGGUAUCACCGCGAGCUCGUUACUAUGGUUCGGUCCCAAUUGGAGACGACGAUAGCGACAGCGAGUACUUUGCCGUGCGACGACAAGCACCGGUUUCAUGGCUGGAGCGUAUAAGGAACUUUGGUCAGCGUCCGCAGCCGCAGGUGCAAAGCAACUACCUAACCCUAAUUCCUCUCUCGGACGAUCGCCUAAAGCCGCGACGUACCAAGUUGCUGGUAUCCGGCUUGCUGCUGCUAGCGGUGGCGCUGGCUGCGGGAGUGUUCGUGGCGGUGCCGCGGGGAGUCACGGUGGGCUCCAUCCAGGUCCGCUCCAGCCGCAUGUCCUUCAACACCUCCAAGUCCACCUACCAGAUCAUCCUCACGGCCACCAUCCCCAUUUUCAACCCAAACUACAUGCCGGUCCAGGUCAACGGCAGCCUCACCGUGUCCUUCUACGACCAGCAGGCCGGAGUCACCUCGCUGCAACCCGUGGACAUUGCGGCACGGGCCUUCCCGCAGGUGAUCACUGUUGACAUGGACGCCAGCAGUGUGCCGCAGCAGUACCUAUUCACCAUCUACACGCAGUGCUUCACCUUCCCCGAGAGAAUCAUUUUCUUCCUAACAGGCAAGCUGCAGUCCACCUACUGGGGUUGGUGGACGUUCCAGCUGCCCGACAUUGAUAACUACUUUAUCAUCUCCUGUACCAACGAACCGGAUCCAAUUCCGGAUCCACCCAGCCCCGCCCGCCCCGCC